AUGUCAAAAUUUUAUGACAGUUCGGUGACAUGUCAAGUUACGGGGAUAAACAUUUGGAAAGUAUUUAGAAACCCAUUUCAAUAAAAGUCUUCGUAAAACUUCACAGUGUUAAAAAUCGAAUGUUAAACAGAAGAACCCCCCUACCACAUAUCUACCAGGACAAGCCCCCAACGAGGCAAAUGCGCACAUGGAAUUGUUCAAUAUCUGAUCGUUCUACACGUCACAAGUAUGAUCCUUCUGUUUAAGUUUAAGGGCUUUAACUAAUUUCGCGCAUUCUAUUAAUGAUGCAAUCAAACUCUAAAACCAAAGAAAUGUUUAUCUUGCGUGCACUGGAGAAGAUUCUCAACGAUAAAGAAAUCAAGAGGUCACAUCAUUCACAGUUGAAACGGGCAUGUGAGGUUGCAUUGGAGGAUAUAAAAAAGGAAGUGAAAGAUGAUGAGCAAGAUGGGGAAAAAGUGUCUGACGCUCUGCCGAUGCCGAAGAGUGGAGAGGUGAACGUUUUGACCACUGAGAAAUAUUUUCUACCGUUCGAAUUGGCAUGUCAGAGCAGAUCUGCGAGAAUUGUGGUAACGGCGCUCGAUUGUCUUCAGAAGUUAAUAGCGUAUGGACACUUGACGGCGAACGUACCAGAUUCCACCACUCCAGGGAAGUUACUUAUUGAUAGGAUAGUUGAAACCAUAUGUGCGUGCUUUACGGGACCUCAGACUGAUGAAGGAGUACAACUACAAAUUAUUAAAGCUCUUCUAACUGUGGUUACAAGUCAGCAUGUGGAAGUUCAUGAAGGAACUGUGCUUUUGGCAGUACGGACUUGCUACAAUAUUUUUUUGGCUAGUAAAAAUCUCAUCAAUCAGACAACCGCCAUAGCCACAUUGACCCAAAUGUUGAAUGUGAUUUUUACCCGAAUGGAAAACCAGGCUUUGGACGCUGAAGUACAAUCAGAAAUUCAAUUAAAUAGUUCCUGUAAUGGCAUUGAUUCUAAAUCUGUCAAGUCAUUAAAAAUUGAAGAUAGUAUUGAAGUUAAUGAAGAUGCGGUAGAUGGGGCUAGUGCAGAAUUUGUUGGGGAGAUUUUGGAUAACUUGAUUGGUGAUGUGAUCACAGAAGUGGAAAGCAAACAGAUCUCUGAUCAAAUCAACGAAGGCAGCCUCUCAUCGAUACCCAGGAUCCCGUCGCAAGAGAGCGUCGACACCCACAGCGAAAACGACACUGCGGUGACCGCCAAAUUCACCCACAUCCUCCAAAAAGACGCCUUUUUGGUGUUCCGAGCCCUCUGCAAGCUCUCUAUGAAACCGCUUCCUGAAGGCACCCCCGACCCUAAAUCGCACGAACUCCGCUCCAAAAUCCUGUCCCUGCAGCUCCUUCUUUCCAUUCUCCAGAACGCCGGUCCCGUCUUCAGAUCGAACGAAAUGUUUAUAACGGCCAUCAAGCAGUACCUGUGCGUCGCCCUUUCCAAAAACGGAGUCAGUUCCAUACCGAAAGUGUUCGAAUUGUCUUUGGCCAUAUUCCUCGCGUUGCUGUCCAACUUCAAGAUGCAUCUGAAGAUGCAGAUCGAGGUGUUCUUCAAGGAGAUUUUCUUGAAUAUUCUGGAGACGACGAAUUCUUCGUUCGAACACAAGUGGAUGGUGAUCCAGGCUUUGACGAGGAUCUGCGGCGAUGCGCAGAGCGUCGUUGAUAUUUAUGUUAAUUACGACUGUGAUCUGGCGGCUGCCAAUCUGUUCGAACGUCUAGUCAAUGAUUUGUUCAAGGUGGCGCAGGGGCGGCAUUCGGUGGAAUUGGGAGCUUCGCCCAAUCAAGAGCGAGCCAUGAAAAUGCUGGGUCUGGAAUGUCUCGUCUCCAUCUUAAAAUGUAUGGUCGAGUGGAGUAAAGACCUGUACGUCAACCCAAACUCCCAAUCAACAGUAGGUGAACAAACCGUAAACGGCAGCGAUAACGCCUCCCUCAAGUCUCAUGGUGGUUCUUCCACGAGUUUACACUCAAGCGAUUGCUCGAGCGGCAACAAAGAAAUACUAGACUCACCCGAACAACUAGAAGUUCUUAAACAACAGAAAGAAGUGUGGGAAACGGGAAUCGACAUGUUUAACAGAAAACCGCGCAAAGGGGUGGCGUUUCUGCAAGAACACGGUCUCUUGGGAACUAGUCAUGAAGAAAUAGCCAAAUUUCUACACAACGAAGACAGGUUGGACAAAACUUUCAUCGGGGAUUUUCUCGGCGACAGCGACGAGUUUUGCAAGGAAGUAAUGUACACUUACGUCGAUCAAAUGGAUUUCACCAACAUGGACUUCGUGGCGGCGCUGCGACAUUUCCUUGACGGUUUUCGGCUUCCCGGCGAAGCCCAAAAAAUCGAUCGACUGAUGGAAAAAUUUGCAAGUCGUUACUGCGAGUGCAAUCCGAACAACGGGCUUUUCGCUAGCGCAGACACCGCUUACGUUCUAGGAUUUUCCAUAAUCAUGCUUACGACUGAUUUGCAUUCGCCGCAAGUGAAGAACAAGAUGACCAAAGAAGAGUACAUCAAGAUAAAUCGGGGGAAUACCGAUAGUAAGGACGUUCCUGAAGAGUACUUAUCGCAGAUUUAUGACGAAAUAGCCGGACACGAGAUUAAAAUGAAGAACACGGUGAAUAAACCGGGAAAGCAGCAAAUAAACAGCGAGAAACGAAGAAAGAUUUUGUUUAAUAUGGAAAUGGAGGCUAUUUCGACGGCCGCGAAGAACUUGAUGGAGAGUGUAUCGCAUGUGCAGGCUCCGUUUACUUUGGCCAAACAUUUGGAUCACGUUAGGCCGAUGUUUAAGACUGCGUGGACUUCGUUUUUGGCCGCUUUUAGUGUGGGGUUGCAGGACUGUGAUGAUCCUGAAGUUGCCACGUUGUGUUUGGAUGGGAUCCGGUGCGCUAUUAGGGUGGCUUGUAUUUUUCACAUGACUUUGGAAAGGGAUGCGUAUGUCCAAGCUUUGGCUAGAUUUACUCUCCUCACCACCAACUCGCCCAUCAUGGACAUGAAAGCAAAAAACAUCGACACGAUCAAAACCCUCAUCAUGGUAGCGCAUACCGACGGCAACUACUUGGGUACUAGCUGGCUGGACAUACUCAAGUGCAUAUCCCAACUCGAACUGGCCCAACUGAUCGGUACCGGAGUCCGACCGGAAUUUUUGUCGGGCCCGGGCCACAAACCUCCGGAUUCGAGUUCAAAAGAGCACAUUGGCCAGACGAGCUCACAGAGCGUCGUUGUCGCCGUCGACCGGAUUUUCACCGGAUCGACAAGACUCGACGGCGACGCCAUUGUGGAUUUCGUGAAGGCAUUAUGUCAGGUGUCCUUGGAGGAGUUAGCUUACGCAGGUCAUCCAAGGAUGUUUUCUCUUCAAAAAAUCGUGGAGAUCUCGUACUACAAUAUGGGAAGGAUUAGGUUACAAUGGUCGCGGAUAUGGCAAGUUUUAGGCGAGCACUUUAACGCUGUAGGUUGUAAUCCGAAUGAAGAUAUUUGCUUUUUUGCUGUGGAUAGUUUGAGGCAGCUGUCCAUGAAGUUUAUCGAAAAAGGCGAAUUCCCGAAUUUCCGAUUCCAGAAGGAUUUUUUGAGGCCGUUUGAGCACAUCAUGAAAAAGAAUGUAUCGCCCACAAUUCGCGAUAUGGUGGUACGGUGUGUGGCACAAAUGGUCAACUCCCAAGCUAGCAAUAUAAAAUCCGGCUGGAAAAACAUCUUUUCCGUCUUUCACCUCGCCGCUAGCGACCAAGAAGAAGCCAUAGUGGAACUCGCCUUCCAAACCACCGGCAAAAUAAUCACGGAAUUAUACGACAAGCAAUUCCCAGCGAUGAUCGACUCAUUCCAAGACGCCGUCCGGUGUUUGUCUGAAUUCGCUUGCAACGCCCGCUUUUUGGACACCUCCAUGGAAGCCAUCCGGUUGGUGCGUUCGUGCGCCAAUAGCGUGAGUUCGUGUGCGCAUCUCUUCGCCGAACACGCCGGCAUGGAGAAUGAUGUCACCGUGGCCGAAGAGGACAGAAUAUGGGUGCGGGGUUGGUUCCCGCUGCUCUUUUCGUUGUCGUGUGUGGUGAACAGGUGUAAAUUGGACGUAAGGACACGUGCCUUGACCGUGAUGUUCGAGAUUAUCAAGACAUACGGUGAUACCUUUGCGAGUCAUUGGUGGAAGGACUUAUUUAAGAUAUUGUUCCGAAUUUUCGAUAAUAUGAAGUUGCCGGAGCAGCACACGGAGAAGGCUGAGUGGAUGACCACGACGUGCAACCACGCUUUGUAUGCCAUUGUUGAUGUCUUCACGCAGUAUUUUGAUGUGUUAGGACCGUUGUUGUUGGGGGAAUUGUACAGUCAGCUUCACUGGUGUGUGCAACAGGAUAAUGAGCAGUUGGCGAGGUCGGGGACGAACUGUCUGGAGAAUUUAGUGAAUUCAAACGGACAUAAGUUUGACGAGGUCACGUGGGACCGAACCUGCCGCUGCAUGCUCGACAUCUUCGACUCCACCGUGCCGACCGCCCUCCUCACCUGGAAGCCCGACGGCAUGAAAACCACAGCCGUUAUAGAACAAAACGGCGACGUCAAAGGCAUCCUCAAAAAGCCCUCUACCUACACCUACGAACGCAGCAACUCCGACGCCGCUCUCUUCAACAAGCUAGCCAUCAAGAGCGCCGUCCAGCUCGAGCUCAUCCAGACCAUCGACAACAUCGUCUUCUACCCGGCCACGUCGCGCAAGGAGGACGCCGAGACCCUGGCGCUGGCCGCCGCCGACAUGGCCGGCAACGGCGCGCUGACCGAGUUCCAGAGGGAGGAACAGGGCAUGUACAGGGUGCUGACGUCGCCGCAUCUUCUGCAGUUGACCGACUGUUUGCUGCAGGCGCACAGGUUCGCGAAAGCGUUCAACCUGGACCACGAACAAAGAAAUUUGUUGUGGAAGGCGGGCUAUAAGGGGUCGACCAAGCCGAAUUUGCUGAAGCAGGAGACGCACAGUUUGGCAUGCUCGUUGCGGAUUUUGUUCAAGAUGUACUGUGAUGACAGCAGGCGGCAGCACUGGUCGUUGAUCGAGACGAAGUUGAUUGGGGUGUGCCAGGAAGCUUUGGAUUAUUUUUUGAAGUUGCAGAGCGAGGCGCAUAGGGAGGAGUGGACGAUGUUGUUGUUGCUGGUGUUGACGAGGCUGCUUAAAAUGCCGGAUGAUAGAUUUGCCGUGCAUGUGUCUAGGUACUACCCAUUACUCUGCGAAAUAGUGUGCUUCGAUCUGAAAGCAGAGCUCAGAUCGAUCCUGCGAAGAGUGUUCCUGCGGAUAGGACCAGUUUUUCACAUCACGACAGUAUAGUGAUACCGACUGAGACGACAACGUGAUUUUACCAACUUACCAUAAAUUUUUAUCGAUGUUAACAAACUUAUUUAUUUUAAAAAUUCCUAUAAAUUCAAGCAACGUUUUGUGUGUAUAUUUUGAUAUAUCGUUCUCUCAAUCAUUCGCUUUUAGGAACACUUCCCUUAAAUCGAGACGCUUUUGUAACUAAGUUAAUCGUAAAAGAUAGACUUCUCAGCUUACGUCGUAGCGAUGAUCAUUCCUUGCAUGAAGUGAUAAGUCAUUUUUUAGGAGCCAAUAAAAACUACAUAAAAAGUAUAAGUUACGUGCCUUCAAUGAUAAAGUUAUUUAUGUAUAAUUGUAAUUAGUCCGGUAUGUGGUUAUGUUAAUGUGAAUGUAUUAUCAUCUGUUAUAAAUAGCAACAUUCGUGUAAAUAAUCAUAAAAUACUACUUUAUUUAGUCAUAUUCGCUAUUGUUAUAUAAUAAUAAAAAAUAGAAAUAUAAA